UGCGGGUCACCCCUCCCUUGAUCAAUCCGAUACGUCAGAUGUGCAGGCCUGGAUGUUCAUAAAUUGACGACCCCCGCUAAAAGUCGACUUUGCAGAGCUCAAACACGACUCCAAACUUCUGCGAAGAAUACCUGGGCAAGGACGGGUACCAAUACCAUGGCGUAUCUACCCCUAUCUCCGCUCGACCAUCUCUCCUACUCAUUCGUCCUCUCCGCACUCCUCGUAUUCCUCUUCCUCUCCGGUCUCCUUCUGGUAACUUACCGACUCUUCUUCCAUCCUUUGGCGCAAAUCCCAGGCCCUAGGUUGGCUGCUGCAACCCAAUUAUACGAAUUCUACUACGACGUGAUCUGUAAGGGUCAGUAUAUGAACCAGUUUGAAGGAUUUCACGAGAAGUACGGUCCGGUCGUUAGGAUUAGUCCCAAUGAACUUCACUGCAAUGAUCCAGCGUUUAUCGAUCAGAUUUAUGCUGGUAGUGCCGGUGGGAAGAAGAGGGAUAAGAGCGUGUUUUACCUUAAUGGGACGCAGGUGCAUGGUUCCUGCUUCGGCUCCGUAACACACGACCUUCACCGUCUCCGCCGCCAAACCCUCAACCCCUUCUUCUCUAAAGCCUCUGUCACCCGCCUCGAACCCAUGAUCCGCGAAUUCGUCGACAAGAUCUACGCCCACGUGGAAUCCUAUGCUGGCACCAACGAACCGUGCAAUGUGUCGCAUGCAUUCGUGUGCAUGACCACUGACCUCAUCAGUCAGUAUGCAUUUGGCUGGAACAGGAAUUACACCGGCACCCGAUCGUUUAAACCAAAUUUGACAGCUGCGAUGGUUGCCGGUGAAGGCACGAUUAAGCUUUUCCAGCAUGUGCCCUUCUUGUUACCGCUGUUUGAGUCAAGUCCCGAGUGGGUCGCGAAGUUGGCGGCGCCCGGGUCGGAGGAGUAUCUGCAUUAUCAGCGAGAGGUUUAUGGGACCGUGGAUGAUGUGUUUGAAGGCAAAAUCGACGUUAGGAAUACGGAAAAGCAGAAAACAAUUUUUGGGGAGAUUCUAGAUGCAGAUUUACCACGGGAGGAGAAGUCGAGGCAGAGAUUGAAGGGGAGUGCGAGGGAGGUUAUUGGUGCGGGUACGGUGACGACGGCGAAUGCUCUCGCGUACGCGGUAUACUAUAUCAUCGCAACUCCCGGUGUUAUAGACAAACUCUACGCCGAAAUCAUCAACGCAUUCCCGAAUGCAACUGAGAUCCCAUCAUGCAAAAAUCUCGAGAACUUACCAUAUCUGAUAACAGUCCUCCACGAAACCCUCCGAUUCUCAUGUGGUAUUUGUACCCGCCUUCCUCGCCUUGCUCAUGAACCUCUAUUCUAUUCUGGUACCUUCAAAGGCAAACACUACGACAUCACGAUCCCGCCCAACACGGCGAUUGGAAUGUCAGCGCAGCUGGUCCACUCUAAUCCAGAUAUAUUCCCAGAGCCGGAGAAGUUUCGGCCUGAGAGAUGGUUAGAUGAGAAGGGCAAGAGGCAUAAGGAGCUUGAUGGGUAUCUCCUAGCUUUUUCGAAGGGGACCAGACAGUGUUUGGGAAUUAAUCUUGCGUGGGGAGAGAUGCAUAUGGCACUUGCAACCUUUGUCCAGAGGUUCGGAAAACGGGUGGAGCUGUUUGAGACGGGACCUGAGGAGGUGGUGUAUACCUGUAUGUCUACCCAUAUGGUUGUGACGAGUGGUUCUGAUUGUAUAUCUUGGCUGACUUAUUUAGAUGACCUGUUUGAGCCGGGGCGGGAGACUUACAAUGGUGUGCAGAUUCUGGUGCAUUAG